AUGGCCACGGGAGAAGCUCUGGCCAUGCGGACCUCAACGGCUCCCUCUGCUGUCCUCCCUCCGCCUACCUGCUCCUCCCGUCUUUUUCCGCUCCGCAGCUUCAUCGGUCUCCGGUGGUCCGCCCCCCGUUUCCAGGUACCUCCCACUCUCAGCCCCGUGUUUCCAGAGGACUCGGGUGAUUCGUGCCAGUUGCUCAGCUGCAGUGCCUGUUUACCGCAGGCUAGGGAGCGAGCCAGUGCGUCCGUAGCGGUUGUCAAUGGCAAGCGGGGAUGCAGCUUCAGACUCGGUGUACCUACUUUAAAUGUUUGUCAAUCUUGUCAAAGGGCUGUUGUCAUUAGAAAUGAACAUGCUCAAAAUGCUGACUUUCCACGAAAAUAUUCAAAAAGAGAGAAGAAACCAUUUCCCAUUCCAGUGCUGGAGUUAAGGCGGCGAGCAAGGGAGAGGAUGAAGGCAGCACAAGGGAAACCGAAACAACCAAUGCCUCCACCAAAAAACGGAAUGCUAGUGCGUAGACUUAUACCAGUUGCAUACAAAGUGUACAAUGCAAGAAUUUUGCUGAUCAACAACUUGAAGAGGCUUAUGAAAGUAGUACCAGUAAAAGGCUGCAAGUAUUGCAGUGAGAUACAUGCUGGAUCUGUUGGACAUCCUUUCCGAACAUGCCGAGGAAUGUCAGCAGCUCAACGUAGAGGAGAACAUGACUGGGGAAGUACUAUAGUGGAAGCUGUUUUCUUACCCGUCGAAGCCUAUCAUCUAGAGGACCGCCUAGGGCCGCGCAUCCCUCAUGAUCAGAGGUUUUCUGUACCCCGCAUUCCCGCUCUUGUGGAGCUUUGCAUCCAAGCUGGAGUUGACCUUCCUGAGUAUCCCACAAAGCGUCGAAGAAAGCCUAUCAUUAAAAUUGGAAGAAAAGAGUUUGUCGAUGCAAAUGAAGAUGACCUACCAGAACCAGAGCCUGACAGAUUUAAGCAGCCACUUCUUGAGGAAUUACAUUACGAUAAGAUUAUUGCUCCAUCUAUCCCUGAGGAGACAGCGGCUCUUGCUGAGGAGACACUUGAAGCAUGGGAGGCCGUUAGGGAUGGUGCCUUGAAGCUUAUGAAAGGCUAUGCAGUGAGGGUUUGCGGAUACUGCCCUGAGGUCCAUGUUGGGCCAACUGGCCCAAAGCACGCAACUGUGGAGCUUUUAAGCACCAGCAGAGGAAUGGACAACAUGGAUGGCAAGCAGCGGUGCUCGAUGACCUAA